CUCGUUGUUGGUCUCCGGGCGGCAACAUUCAUCGUCUCUAUUUUCAUAUCACUCCACUCUCUCGCUUUCGACGAUGCUUAGAAUUCGGCUCAGAAACAAGGCUGCGGCUGCUGAAAGUGGCAGCGGAGCAAAACCGUCAACAGGGGAGUCAGUGACGGUUGCAUGCCCUGACCACCUUGUUCUCGCUGAGCUUCCGGUGGCUAAAAGUAUUGGUUCUGCUAGUGGUGUUACUCUUGUCAAGACUGUUGGUCAAAAGUCCAGCCGCCCGCUUGGACAAAGGGUCCACAUGUGUGCUAAGUGUGAUUUUCCAAUAGCGAUUUAUGGACGUAUGAUCCCUUGUGAGCAUGCACUUUGCCUGGAUUGUGCUAGGAGUGACUCCACAUGCUUUUUGUGCGAGGAACGUAUUCAGAAGAUCCAGACAGUUAAAAUGAUGGAAGGCAUGUUCCUAUGUGCAGUCCCUCUUUGUCUAAAAUCCUUUUUAAAUAAAGAUGAUUUUAAGGCCCAUGUUCAUGCUUAUCACCCGGAUCUUCGCAAUUCAAAGCCUCAAAAGGAUGGAAACGAGCCUGUGGCCGCAAACACCAAAGAACUAAAAUCUUCUGACUCAACAGUUCAACCCACAAUCCCAAGGCCAGCCCAAGAUGGCGAAGACCGCACCCAAUGGUCCCUACCCCAACCUCUAGCCCCUAUUAGGCCACUCAUGCAACCAAACCCAAAGCCAAACCCACCAAUUGCUUUGGAUCGGCCAAAUCUAACACACAUGCAGCAACCGAAUUUUGAAUACCCUGUGACUGGCCUCCAGCCAUCUGCUUUUGUAGUACCAAAUGUAAUGGGUCCUGGUUCAUUUGGUCAACCAUUUUAUGUGGGUCAACAGGUUCCAGAAGCAGGUGUGCAACAAGGGUCGUUAUUGGGUUAUCCUCAACUGCUGAAUUUUGGACCAAAUGGUCAAGUGUUUGAUCCUUCUAUGACUAUGAAUCAAGUUGGUUUCCUUCAAGGAGGUCCACCAUCACAAGGGAUGAAUGCUAAUGAUGGAAGGGGUGCCAGCAUCUUGGCUGCAAACCAGUCACCAGCGGCGCCACUACCUCCGCCAUUUGGCGAUUCCCAUGUUGGCGAUACGAAUCACCAUGGACAAGCGGCAACAAGAUAAGCGUGACAGUUUGGCAAACAGUUAAGAUUAAUGAGGUGUUUUUGAGUUGAUUACCUACCUGUUUAAUUACUACAUUUUGAGACGUUCAUUAAGCUGUUGUUUUUUUACAUGAUCAUGACUUUGGAUUGUAUUGAACAGCUUGUGGUUUUUUUAUAUGAUCAUGACUUUGGAUUG